AAUCGUAGCACGUUUCAGUUCGGUCUCUGAUAGUAUUGUUGUGCGGAAGUGAGAGACGAGCCAGCGUGUUGGUGGACCAGAUAAUAAUUCCAAUUGACUAUGAUUUGCCCCAAUUAGUAGCAGACAAGCUGGGAAGAAACAAUAUCAACUAGUUAAUGGCUAUUGUUAACUACUAUAGUUAAUGUUAGUGUAACAUUCUCCAUUCUGUACAGGGAAAAGUAGUGUUUAGCUAAUAGCUAACGUUAGCUAGCUAUUCUAAAGAUGGCCAGGUUCAUUACACCCGGUUCCAUGGGGGCCGUCUCGCGGCUGGACGGUGCACCGGGGGGGAAGAGGGGUGCUCCAGCCUUGGACACUGAUACGGACUCCACACGGGAGAUUAAAACCCACUUCCGUGUGUGUCGGUUCAUCAUGGAAACGGGUGUGAAGUUGGGCAUGCGUUCGGUGCCCGUGGCGACAGCGUGUGUGUUGUACCACCGGUUCUUCCAGUGUGUGAGUGUGACGGUGUAUGAGCCCUACCUGGUGGCUAUGAGCUGCAUCUACCUAGCAGGCAAGGUGGAGGAGCAGCACCUUCGCACCCGUGACAUCAUCAACGUGUGUCACAGGUAGGUAGGGCUGUUUUUAUAUAUAUACAC